AUGUCAUUGAGAACACCACCUCCUAGUCGUCAACAGCGCAUAAGUGGUGAGGCAAAAAAUGGCGAUACAACGAAUAUUAACAAUUCUCAAGACAUGGCAAGAAAGAGACAGCUUGAAAAAGACGAGAAAAUAAGGAAGAAAGUUGAACAUGAUCUUACAAGAACAAAUAAACUUUAUGGGAAAAGAACGCUCGAUAAAAUACCAAAGACAGCCGGUUCUGUUGGAAGCUUAAGACCUUCCCCCGCAAUAACCUUACUAGCCACUGCAGUACUUGUUGUAGAUGAAUUAGAAAGAUUGAUAGGAAUCGUUACUGACAAAGACUUGGCGUUCAGAGUUUGUGCUGAAGGUCUUAAUCCUAAUGCAACAUCCCUCGCAGAAAUAAUGACUAGGAAUCCCGAUUGUAUUACAACAUCCUCUAAUGCUCCUGAAGCUUUAAAUCGUAUGGUUUCAGGUGGAUACCGACAUUUGCCACUUCUUGAUGACUCUGAUGAUAUAAUAGGAUUACUUGAUAUUACCGAAUGUUUAUUCCAUGCUCUUGCAAGGCUUGAAAAAGCUCAUGCAUCAACAAAACAGUUAUUUGCUGUUUUAGAAGAUGUUUCGGACAUAAAUUCUUUAAAUAAAGCUGAUUUUUCAACCAUGGCUGCGCUUAUAAAACAACAUUUAUGUUUUCCUCGACUAAGUUCUAUUAUGGAUCCCUCAAAACCUCCACCAGAAGUUUCUAUUAGAACGUGUGUGCGAGAUGCUGCACGAAUUAUGAAGGAUCAUCAUCAGACUGCAGUCUUGGUUGUUGAUGAUAAUAAUCAUAAUAAAACAAUGGUCUAUGGUCAAGGUGUUGAGCCAAAUAACACUUCAAUUGUAAGAGUGAUGACUCCUUGCCCGGAUAUAGUAACAACUGAUACUACUAUCCUGCAAGCCCUGCGUCAAAUGCAAGUGGAAGGUGGUCCGGUCUGGAACAAAUUUUGGAAUACUCUAACACCUGAAGAUCCUAAAUCCGAAGGUUCAUCAGAUCCUCCCAUGAAUGAAACUUUUCACUCGGCAAAUUCUAUAGACCUUCCAAUAAUAAAACAAAGACCUCAUUCCUCAAUUCUAACUCCACCUUCAUCAGAAAGUGUUUUUUCACGUAGAAAUUCCAAUUAUUUCAAGCUAGAUGACGGUCAAUUUAUAUACAAGUGUAAAUACGAAGGUUCUGAACAGUCUCAUCGAUUCACUUCUAAUACCCCAAGCUUUACUGAAUUGAGAAAAUUAGUUCGGUCAAAGAUGAAUAUUUCCGAAAAUACUGAUAUAGCCAUCAGCUAUAUCGACGAAGAAAAUGAUAAAGUUAUACUAUCUUCUGAUGAAGAUAUGGCAAUCGCUAUGGAAAUUGCAAAAGGUCAAAGUCAAAAAUCUCCAUUGAUUCGACUAUGUGUCGAAGUAAAAUCCAGGGAAUUGAAUGUUUCUCGUUCUGUUGAAAGUGGUAAAAUACCCACAAACAUAACCACUGAAUCACAAUUUCCUAUUUCAGAAAGUACAGCUGUGACGAUUGGAGGUUUUCUUUCAAUUGGAGUUGCCAUUGGCGUUGGUGUAAU